GUGGAUGGUCAUGCAUGCGAGGGCGCUCGAGCGCCAUCGAGCCGAUUAGCUAGACACACCGACUUAAUCGCAAUGGGGUAUAAAGAUAAAAAUUUCAAAGAUCCGUCCGUGAUGCGGAAAUUAUAUAUUAAAAUUACCAUGCACUAUAAUUCUUGUCGCUCCGUUUGCUUCAUGUUUUUGCUGUUGUUUCGCACGGGCGAUUAAGAGCUAGGGGUCGUCGCGCAGCGGAACGGUUUCCGAUCGUUUUUUUCGGUUUUUUUGUUGCUUGAACCCAGAGUCUUUUUCGAGUAGUGGGCCCUCGGAGCGCGUGGAAAGUUUUUAUGUCACCCGCGGGAUGGGUAAGAGCAGAGAUAACUCAUCGAAGAGAAUGAAGCCGCACGCGAUUAACGGAGGACGGAGGAGCAAGAACGUACUACUCUCGUGGUUUUGACACGAGAGCACGACGCCCCCUAGCAAACUGAUGUUCUCAAAGUACUCGACUCGUCUACAAUCGGACGGUUGACGGAUUAAAUUAGUCACCCUCGCCAAAGAUAAUUACGCUUUUUAAUUGAAUUCGCAUCCAUAGCGACAAAAUCAUUAUUGACGCUUCUAUAGAAUUACAUAAUUACUUGGAGAAAGUUUUCCUUCUUUCUAUUUUCAAUUUAAUUCAUUAUCGGCAUCAAACCCACCCACCUCCUCCCUUUUAUCGGCAGCCUUUUUUUCUAAUCACUUUUUUAUCCAUAUAAUGCGUGAAUUUUAUUUUUCGAAUAUGGAACCUUUGCGAUUCUUUAUAUUAUUUGUAUACUUUGUUGAAAAAUUUUGUUCUUUUGUUCUCUCCGCUCUAUCAUCUCUCUCUCUCUCUCUCUCUCUCUCUAUUCCUCUCGAUUUAUCUGCUAUAUUAAAAACUAAGCGAAAAUCUUUGUAUCAUAAUUACUAAUACGUGUAAUCGACAGCCCAGGAUCAACACUCUCAGUUUUAUUAGAUAAAUAUGCGUAUAUACUAUAUUUGCGUGCUUGCGUCAAGACCGGAGCACUGAUUUUCCAUUGUUGGGGUAUACAAGUUUGCUUUUCUCUCGACAAGAAUGUCAUAUAAAUAUAGUAGGAUGCUGAUCAUACAAAGGCGGCAAAGAAACCGCAUUCUCUCUCGCUCGGCAGGGUGACACCAGAGUGACAAGAUGUAGAACGACGGCCAAAGGACGUUAAGUAACAACUUUUGAAAUUCUUUGUUCAGCGCUCGUGCAAUCAGAGAGAGAGAGAGAGAGAGAGAGAGAGAGAGAGAGAGAGAGAGAGAGACAACCUUGCCGCCUCUUAAUUAAUAAUCCUUCGAGGCUCGCCGACGUCGCUUCAACGCGGCCUUUUAAUAAUAACGAGCUCUCCUAUUAUACACACACGGGGUUGCAAUCCCGAUCGUAUAUUAAAGCGCCUUGCUGCUACCGCACGAUCCUAAUAUUUUUUUCAUUCCGCCAGCUCCUAUAAUUGCUUUCUUCUUUUUCGUCGCCACCUUUCUCCGUUAUUUAUCGCAAUUUUCUUCUUAUAUAUAGUCUUCUCUCCGAAAUAUAAAAUCCAACAGUCAUCCAAAUUAUUAUUCAACUUCAAAAUGGGGGGAGGGAUCCCUUCUUCUUCUUUCUUGGUUUUUGUUUUGUUUUUCUCAUCAGUUCUCGCCGCGAGUCCUCGCUAAGCUAACCUCCCGCGUGAUUUUUCUAAUAAUUGGACGAUAUUCUUUGGAGAGAGCCUCGACAAUAGUCGGUACAAAAAGUAAAUAAAAAGGUCGAUCGGGAAGAAGAAAGAUCUAUUCGAUAUGAUAUCGUCAAAAUGCGUUAAAAUACACGGAAUGAAAGAUGACAGAUGGACCAUCAAAGACAAGAUCAACCAGUAUCGCGGAAUUCUCAAGCUACACGGUAAAUCGAUUGUCGCGCAUAGUCUUGUAGCAGACGUCAAGGAAUACCGUGGAAUCGUCAAGGACGUGGAGUACGGGGGGGACAAGAGACGAAUGCACACUCUAUUACAGGAACACAGAGAUAUUCAAUUGGCCUUUGAAAAUCUUGAUCCCAACGCAAUCGAAGAGGGGAUUUUCCAAGACAGUUGUCUGAAACGACGACAACUCGACAAGUUCUAUUACGAGAAGAAGAAAAAAAUGAAGCAAUUUUUCAAUCUCAAGGUUAUUAAACGAAGCAAAAAUAAAACUACAGUCCUUUUGCCUUUACUAUUUAUUUGUAUGUUGAUUCGUGUAUUUUGUUUUGUUAAGUAUUUGUUGUAUGAACGAAGGGAAAAGGGAUGGGUGGUAGCGAUGGGAGAGAGUAGGGAAUCUCGUCGCGGGCUAAGAAGCUUUCAUCCACUUUGGUGCAACGUUAACAGGAUUAAUUAUAAAAUUUUCAUGAUAAAGUUGGAGUGCACCAUCCUGUCGGACAAAUACGAGAGAGAAGGGGACAACCUUCCGAAUUAUCAUGGGCAGCACGAGCAGCACCAGGGACUGACAACGGAACAUCAUCGGUUCGUGGCGAAGCGAAAUGCGGCGAAAAGUAUCCGCGCCACGUACGAAGCGAUGCUGAAAAUUUUAGAGAAGGACGCUAAAUAUUUCGACGCUGUAUUAGAAAGUCUCCAGGAGGACCGUAUCUGUCAGUGUAAAAUUAUGCUCAAAGCAACGGUUAUGGGACAAUUGGCGGCUGAAAAUCUCGACGAUACGAGGCAAAGAUACAAAUCACUUGGGAAACAAGUUUGGAUCAACAUGAAGGAAAGAGAGCGUACUUUGAGCCUGGUACGUUCGCAGGUCCAAGAUUUGUGGGCAUACGCACAAUCGCUCGUUCGCGUCGAGAGCGAAACUAAUAAUACACCGGACAUUGAUGUCGCGUCGGAGGAGAGAUCCAACAGCGAGGAAACUCCGAUUAAUCGUCAAAUUGAACAAUUGGAAGAAACGUUCAACCGAGUGAAAAACUCACUCGGCGUACGUUCUUACGACGAAUUCCUCUCUCGGCUCGAUUAUCAGAUGAAGCACAGAACGCGUUUGCUCGCGCAAUUCAAGAAAAAUUUCAACGACCGCGAUACCUUUUUAAAUUUGAAAAAUCACGCUCUCCUCUCGCUAGCGACGCUGGAACACGGUACCCUCACCACUACGGGUCGGUACAAAACGGAAAAGAGAACGAUGCUCCGAGAGAUUGAGAAUCAGAAGAGGCGAGAAAGCGAUUAUCGGACAAUGAGAAAAUCCCGUGGCAAAUUGCUCGUUGAAAUAAGAGCAGCUUUGCAAAAUAUGCUGGGCAUGCUGAUUUGUGUUGAAGAGCAAGCGAGCAAACGAGCGAAGAAAGAAAAAGACUCGGAAAAAACGAAAAAAGAUAAAAAGGAGGAAGCGGAGGAGGAGGAGGACGACGACGGCGACGAAGCAAAUAAGAAAAGAAAGAAAGAAGCCCGGAUCGAUUUCAAGUUCGAGGGUGGUGCGCUGAAUUUAUUGAGCCGAGUCAGCGGCAAGGUAAAUACGCUUUUCGCAAUGUCCAACAUCGAAUUAGAUCCUGGCGAUGAGGCAAGAGCGAAAGAUCUUUAUCAACGUUAUGUCGCCGAUCAUCGAUCCAAAUUGAAAUACGAGGAGGAGGAGGAAGCCGAGCCUACAGGAAUACUCGUCGAACACGAAACUAUUGAUUCAACGAUCUUAUCAAGGGCGGAGGUAAAGCUACGCAGUAAGCAACUCGUUGAAGCAAACGCGAAAUUGGAAUGAGCGAUGUAGAAUUUUUAAACUUUUUGAGAUAACGGGCUUAUAUUUUAAUCUUCGCGAUGUUAUCGAAUAUUUGGCUCUGUUAAUAUUAUGACAAACGCGAUCGAAUGAAACACGAUUGAGUCAACAACGA